CUGUUCUUAUUUUGGGGGGAGCCGGCGAGACAGCGCCUUUUGGGGCGCGCUGGUUGGGUUAACGGCAUGGAGAACAGUCACCCCCACCACCACCACCAGCAGCCCCCGCCGCAGCCCGGCCCUUCGGGCGAGAGGAGGAACCACCAUUGGAGAAGUUACAAGUUGAUGAUUGACCCGGCUCUGAAAAAGGGACACCAUAAACUGUACCGCUACGAUGGGCAGCAUUUCAGCCUGGCGAUGUCCAGCAACCGCCCGGUGGAAAUUGUCGAAGAUCCCCGGGUGGUCGGGAUCUGGACUAAAAACAAGGAGCUGGAGCUGUCGGUGCCCAAAUUCAAGAUCGAUGAGUUCUACGUGGGCCCGGUGCCUCCGAAGCAGGUGACAUUUGCCAAGCUGAACGAUAACAUUCGCGAGAACUUCCUGAGGGACAUGUGCAAGAAGUAUGGGGAGGUGGAGGAAGUGGAGAUUUUGUACAACCCCAAGACCAAGAAGCACUUGGGCAUCGCCAAGGUGGUCUUUGCCACAGUCCGGGGAGCCAAGGAGGCGGUGCAGCACUUGCAUAGCACUUCGGUCAUGGGCAAUAUCAUCCACGUGGAGCUUGACACCAAAGGGGAAACCCGAAUGCGGUUUUACGAGCUGUUGGUCACGGGCCGGUACACACCCCAGACCCUGCCGGUGGGUGAGCUGGAUGCUGUCUCUCCCAUCGUGAAUGAGGCCCUGCAGUUGACUGAUGCCCUGAAGCGCCUCAAGGAUGGUGGCCUCUCUACAGGCUGUGGCUCUGGCUCAUCCUCUGUCACCCCAAAUAGUGGUGGGACGCCCUUCUCCCAGGACACCGCUUACUCCAGCUGCCGCCUGGACACACCCAACUCCUAUGGACAGGGCACCCCGCUCACGCCGCGCCUGGGCACCCCCUUCUCGCAGGAUUCCAGCUACUCCAGCCGCCAGCCCACACCCUCUUACCUCUUCAGCCAGGACCCCACGGUGACCUUCAAGGCCCGGCGCCACGAGAGCAAGUUUACGGAUGCCUACAACCGCCGCCACGAGCAUCAUUAUGUCCACAACUCUGCUGCGGUCCCUGUGGUGGCCGGGGCCACAGCCACCUUCAGGGGCUCCGUGGACCUCCCAUUUGGGGUGGUCGGCAGCAGUGGGGCCGGCGGUGGCCCUCCGUUCAAGGCCCAGCCGCAGGAUUCAGCCACGUUCGCCCACACUCCACCACCCGCCCCAGCCACCCCCGCUCCUGGAGUCACAUUCAAGUCUGCUUUCUCUCCCUAUCAGACUCCUGUGCCCCCUUUCCCCCCACCCCCCGAGGAGCCCCCCGCCGCCACCACCACCUUUGGUCCCGAGCCCUGCGACAGCCCGGGCACCCCCACCCUGGAGUCGUCGCCUGUGGGGCUGGAGAAGCCCCACGACAGCCUGGACUCGCGCAUCGAGAUGCUGCUGAAGGAGCAGCGAACCAAGCUACCCUUCCUCCCGGAGCAGGACUCGGACACGGAGCUGCAGAUGGAGGGCAGCCCCAUCUCCUCCUCCUCCUCCCAGCUUUCCCCUCUGGCUCCCUUCGGCACGAACUCCCAGCCGGGCUUCCGAGGCCCCACGCCGCCUUCCUCACGCCCCUCCAGCACCGGCCUGGAGGACAUUAGCCCCACGCCCCUGCCAGACUCGGAUGAGGACGAGGAGCUUGACCUGGGGCUGGGGCCCCGACCCCCGCCCGAGCCAGGCCCCCCAGACCCCACCGGUCUGGGCCAGACAACUGAGGUGACAUUGGACCUGGCUGGAGACAGGACCCCGACCUCAGAGAAGAUGGAUGAGGGCCAGCAGUCCUCCGGUGAGGACAUGGAAAUCUCAGAUGACGAGAUGCCCUCGGCCCCCAUCACCAGUGCCGACUGUCCCAAGCCCAUGGUGGUGACCCCAGGCUCGGCGGCUGUGGGAGGCCCCUCUGUGCUGGCCCCGAACCUGGGUGUCCCACCCCCGCCCAUCCUGCCACCUCUGCCACCCUUCCCGCCCGGGCUGUUCCCCGUGAUGCAGGUGGACAUGAGCCACGUGCUGGGCGGCCAGUGGGGCGGCAUGCCCAUGUCCUUCCAGAUGCAAACUCAGAUGCUGAGCCGUCUGAUGACCGGCCACGGCGCCUGCCCCUACCCCCCCUUCAUGGCUGCUGCGGCGGGGCUGCAGUUUGUCAACCUGCCCCCCUACCGGAACCCCUUCUCCCUGGGCAACACGGGCCCAGGGCGUGGGCAGCCCUGGCCACCCCUGCCCAAGUUCGACCCAUCAGUGCCGCCACCAGGCUACAUGCCACGCCAGGAGGACCCCCACAAGGCCACCGUGGACGGUGUCCUGCUUGUGGUGCUCAAGGAGCUGAAGGCCAUCAUGAAGCGCGACCUGAACCGCAAGAUGGUGGAGGUGGUGGCCUUCCGGGCCUUCGACGAGUGGUGGGACAAGAAGGAGCGGAUGGCGAAGGCCUCGCUGACCCCGGUGAAGUCGGGCGAGCACAAGGACGAGGACCGGCCGAAGCCCAAGGACCGCAUCACCUCGUGCCUGCUGGAGUCAUGGAGCAAGGGCGAGGGCCUGGGCUACGAGGGCCUGGGCCUGGGCAUCGGGCUGCGAGGGGCCAUCCGCCUGCCCUCCUUCAAGGUCAAGAGGAAGGAGCCUCCGGACACAACCACGUCUGGAGACCAGAAGCGGCUGCGGCCCUCGACCUCCGUGGACGAGGAAGACGAAGAGUCAGAGCGCGAGCGGGACCGGGACAUGGUAGACGCCCCCUGCGAGCUCGCCAAGCGGGACCCCAAGGGCGUGGGGGUGCGGCGGCGGCCGGGCCGGCCCCUGGAGCUGGACAGCGGCGGGGAGGAGGCCGAGAAGGAGUCGCUGUCCGUGUCCUCAUCCUCAUCGGCGUCCUCCUCCUCGGGGUCCUCAACAACCUCACCCUCGUCCUCGGCCUCCGACAAGGAGGGGCAGGACAGCACGGAGGAGGAGGAGGAGGAGGAGGAGGAGGAGGAAGAAGAGGAGGAGGAGGAAGAGGCCCCUGGAAGCCCGAUCUCCUCCUCCUCCACCUCCUCCAUGUCAGAUAAGGAUGAUGACAAUGACGACAGCGACGGCCAGGACGACUCUAAGAACGAAGACGAAGACUUGGCCCUGUCGGAGGCGAGUGACAAGGAGGAAGGCGACUCGGACGGAGAGGAGACCGCCAGCAUCGCCACCCGCAAGGCUGGGGCUGGGUCCUCCAGCGAGAGUUCGGAGUCUUCGGAGUUUGAAUCAAGUUCCGAGUCUUCGUCGUCGUCCUCGGAGGAUGAAGAAGAGCUGGUGGCCGGGGAGGAGGAGGAGGAAGAGGAGGCCACCACAGAUGAGAGCAUGGCUCCCGCCAUUCCCGAGGAGAACUUUGAGGAGGAGGUGGCCACGAGGGCACCCGUGAUGGAGCCCUUGACGGAAGAGGAAGUGGACAUCGAGGCUGAGGACGAGGUCCCUGAGGAGCGGACCCUCACGUUGGAAGAGCCGCCCCUGCCUGUGGGUGUGAAAGAGCCCCCCAGGGAGCCAGGUCUGAACCAGGAAGUGGCCAGGCCACUGUCUCCAGAGCCUCCUGCGAAAGACACAGAGGCCCGCCUCCCAGCGUCCCCGGAGCCCCCCCGAGGGGAGGAGCUGGAAGCGAAGCCCGAGCCCCCUCUGCUGCUCUCCUUACCUCUGCAGCCACCAUUGCCACCCCCUCGACCGCCCCGGCCACCUAGCCCACCGCCCGAGCCCGAGACCCCAGAACCCCCACACCCACCCGUCCCUCUGGAGCCUCCCCCUGAGGACCAGCCCCCACGUACGCCAGGCAUUUGUGGCAGCCUGGCCAAGUCGCAGAGCACAGAGACAGUGCCGGCCACCCCAAGCGGGGAACCCCCGCUGUCGGGGGGCAGCAGCAACCUGUCCCUGAGCUCCCCGCAGGUGCCCGGCAGCCCCUUCUCCUACCCAUCCCAGUCCCCCAGCUUGGGCAGCGGUGGCCUCCCGAGGACACCUGGCCGGGACUUUACCUUCACGCCCACCUUCCCCGAGCCCAGCGGGCCCCUGCUCCUGCCCAUCUGCCCCCUCCCCACUGGCCGACGCGAUGACCGGCCCUUUAAGGAGCUAGAGAACCAGUGGCUCUCUGAGGCCAUCCCGCCGGGUUCCCGCGGGCGUGAGGGUGUCACCGAGGAGUUCCUGGACCUGGCCAAGGUGCGAGGCUCCUGGCGCCGGCCGCCACUCUCCCCGCCGCAGCCCCUCUUCCGGCCCCGGACGGAGUUUGAGGAGAUGACCAUCCUGUACGACAUCUGGAACGGGGGCAUCGACGAGGAGGACAUCCGCUUCUUGUGUGUCACCUACGAGCGGCUGCUGCAGCAGGACAAUGGCAUGGACUGGCUCAACGACACCCUCUGGGUCUACCAUCCUUCCACCAGCCUCUCUUCAGCCAAGAAAAAGAAACGGGACGAUGACAUCCCCGAGCACGUGACAGGCUGUGCCCGCAGCGAGGGCUUCUACACCAUCGACAAGAAGGACAAGAUCAGAUACCUCAACAACACCCGCGCCAGCACGGACGAGCCCCCCACGGACACCCAGGGCAUGAGCAUCCCGGCCCAGCCACACGCCUCCACCCGGGCCGGCUCCGAGCGGCGUUCAGAGCAGCGCCGCCUGCUGUCCUCCUUCACCGGCAGCUGUGACAGUGACCUGCUCAAGUUCAACCAGCUCAAGUUCCGGAAGAAAAAGCUCAAAUUCUGCAAGAGCCACAUUCACGACUGGGGCCUGUUCGCCAUGGAGCCCAUCGCAGCCGACGAGAUGGUCAUCGAGUACGUGGGCCAGAACAUCCGCCAGGUGAUCGCAGACAUGAGGGAGAAACGCUACGAGGACGAGGGCAUCGGGAGCAGCUACAUGUUCCGGGUGGACCACGACACCAUCAUCGACGCCACCAAGUGCGGCAACUUUGCUCGCUUUAUUAACCACAGCUGCAACCCCAACUGCUACGCCAAGGUGAUCACGGUGGAGUCGCAGAAGAAGAUCGUCAUCUACUCCAAGCAGCACAUCAACGUCAACGAGGAGAUCACCUACGACUACAAGUUCCCCAUCGAGGACGUCAAGAUCCCCUGCCUCUGCAACUCCGAGAACUGCCGGGGGACCCUCAACUAGGCCCGGGGCCCCGGCCCGGCCCCGCCUCCCCCAUUUCAGGUGCUGUCCUCUACCCAGCGGCCACGUCAGGGCCUGGCGCCCCAACACUACCCCCAGGACCCCGGCUCCAGCCCUCAGUGGGAAAGGGCUUCUCUGUCCGUCAGCCUGUGUCUUGUCGCUUCUCAAAGUGCUCCCUCGAGGACUUGUGUUCGACUCCAGCGUGAACGCCUCUGUUCCCGCGUCGCUGUCCCCGGCUCUCCAUCUCUCUCUCCCGUCUCCUCCCCGUCUUGUCAUCCGCCUCUUUCCGUGAAUGCUGCUACGUUGUUUUGUCUUCCCUUUAUUUUCUUAUCAAAAGAAAAGACAUUUUAACCGUUGAAAUGUGAAGGCAGAAGCGGAGAGCGGGGCCCGGCAGGGGCUGCCGAGGCCUCUGUGUGAGGUGUGUUGACCCACGUGCUGGAGGCCCCGGUCCGGGCGCUGCGCCAGGUGCUGCACAGAGGGGGGUCUGGCAGGUGGCUUUGACCUCAGAACACUAUGGAAGGCCCCCCCUCUACCAGUGGACUCAGCGAGAAGACCCUUACAGACCCCCACCCGCAGCCUGUCCUUCCCCCAGCAGCCUGGGGGGCCACGUCCCCUCGAAGACCCUGGUGGAGCCAAGCUGGUCCUAGGCAGGAACUUCCCCCCUCGGCUCUCUGCCACCCCCCAAAUCUGGGUUCAAUGUUUACUUUCUCAUUCGAAUGCCAGCAACGAAGGACCCUGCAGGAGGCCCCGGUGUGGGCAGGUGGGGCACUGGGAAGGGUCUUGUCCAUUCUCCCCUGUCCUCACCUCCACAGGCGAGAGGAGGACCUCCCAGGGCAGGCGGGGCCCAGUCUCGCCGCUACGGGUGUCUGACCGUGGAUGCGUGUGGACUUCCUCGUUUAUAAGCGUCACCUGCCUGCCCCCAGCCCAACUCGCCCUAAGACAUCAAGAGCAUAUUUAUUUUCAGAGUGAGACGAUUUCUCCCAGAGAAAGGAAGAUCUCGGAAAAGAUUUCAGAAUCCAGAUCUCAACCUGACAAGGUUUUCUUUUUUUUUUUUAGCCCCUCCUCCCCCCCAUCCCCGUCAUCCUCUUCAGGGUUCACGUCCAUGGACUUGGCUCUCGUGCGUGUGUAAAAUCCAGCCGAGGGGGAAGGAGGUGUUCGAAGUUCAGAUCCCACUUCUGUAUAUAGGCGGCCGUAAAGGACUUUUUCUCGGGAACAUUGUUUCUUGUAGAAACACGUGGGAAGACUUUUUUGCUCAUUUCUUUGUACUUCCCAAAAAAACAAACAAAAAAAAACAAAAAAAAAAUCACACAAGUCCCCCCGCACCCCAAGACGCAGAACAGGCGUGUACAUAAUUUAUGGAAAGUGACCAGGACUCGUCCUCACCACGUCGGUGGGGCGCCCACCCUGCGAGGGGCCUCUGGAAUCUCAGCUUGUGUCAAGCUUGUUAUCAUGUAAAUUCUGUACAAAGAAUUGUUAUUUUUCUCUUUCUCUUUUUUUUUUUUGUCGUUGGUGAUUUUGUUGUGUUCUUUUUCUUUCUUUCAAUUUCUUCACCCCAAGCCCUCUCUGUUUGAGACUGUGCCCGCCACGUCAUCGAGGCCGAUGAAAUCGGUGGCAUGAAGACACAGAGGGGGAACCUGGGCAUAGCGGCGACCUUCUCUCCCAUUUGCGGUUUUCUGCCUAAUUGUGCAACCGAGGAAAUAUUUAUUUUUCACACGAGGAAAUGUGUAGUUUGUAGAGACGGCUGAUUUCAGUUACUGUGCAGCCCCCAAGGGGCUGUCUUUGUUCUCCCCGCCCCCCCCAACAGAGGAAGUGGAGGGGAACGUGGGGGGACCUGGCCUCGCCGUGCCGUCCCCCCGGCCCCAGGAACCCCCGCCCCAACCCUGGAGUGGCUUGUCAUUUCCAGGAAUGUAUUGGCUCCUUUUUCUUUCAAUGCCUUUGUUUUCAUUGAACAAAUCUUUGCUUUGGAAGAGUUGGGGGUUUCUGUUCCCCCCCUUUGCCUCCCUCCCCCCUCCCACAAAGAAAAGAACCCUCACCUUUUAGGGGUGUUUGUGCUUCUAGGCUCUAUCAUCCGUAUGGAACUUGUUUUGAAGAGAAGUGUUUCCGUUGUGGGUGUGUCUUGCUGUAAAUAUUUGUUCAUAUUUUUGUGAAUUCAAUACUAUGUACCAUUGUAUUAUAGUAACUUUUAUAAAGCAAACCAUAAAUAUACUGACUUUUCUUACAGA